AUGUUUUUUGAGAUCGGGGAAGGUGACGGGAAUACAGCGGUGGUUGGUCGGACUUUACCCCUUGCCAACACUUCGAUCUAUACCCGCGAGCGAGAUGUUGUGAGGACUAGGAUAAUUGACGUCGGAUCUCAGCAAUGGAGAGGGAGAUGGACACAUCACUAUUUUAGCACGGGACUGAGACACAUCAAGUCGGAAUGCAUUGGCGACGAUGCUUUCGCCGGAAGAUUUGACAGGUUCGGCGGUGGCUCGGGUGGAGGAGGAGGGCUCGACCGCAACAAAUCCAUCAUCUCAGGUGGGGGAUUAACGAGAGUCCCCGGAGCAGACGGUGAGGCCAGGAACAAUCGAAUCUCGCACGCGAAGGCCAUGAACGAAGAAACGGAUGAUGUCGGGGAAAAUCUCGGAUGA